AUGUCGAAGUCACAAGCUGUAAAGGAUGGUGCUAAACAAAUCAUCAAGAUCCUACAGGAGUUCCCAGAGGAUCGUAUAAAACAUUUGGCAUCCUUUAAAGAUAUACAAACGAAAAGGUUUCAACAGAUUGCUGGUGCUAAUGUAAAUAAUUCAAAUGAUAACUCUAUAAAAAAUUCCAAAAACCCAUCUGUUGAAGAUAUUAAGAAUUUAAUUAGUAGUAAUCCAACUUCUCUGGCUUUACAGAAAGACCUUAUCAAAAAAAUGAAGAAUGCAUUACAAAAAGAUCACUUUGACGAACAGAGUAUACAGGAACAAAUUAAUUCAAUGAACAACCUUGUAAGUAAUAAAUAUAAGAACUAUUAUAAACUUGGUGACAAAUUAUACAAACCAGCAGGGAACCCAACUUAUUACCAGAGAAUAAUGGAUGAAUUACAAGGAAAGAAAAAGGAGACCCUAUUGAGUGCAGCAAGAACAGUCAUCUUUGGGAAAUGA